AUGCCACCCAAACAACAACAAAGCGACUCGCGGGCCUUGACCCUCCUCUUCAAGAAGCAUAAAACCACCGUGUUUCUGAUGCUGCAACCCCACGUGUCACUCGAGACAACCAAAGAAAAGCUGCUGGAGGCUCUCCGGGCGCGAGGGCUCAACGAUAUAAAUGGCGAUCCUCUUCCCGACGACUCCUUCGACAUCGAAUUCGGCGAGCUGGUGGAUAAAUCCGACUACGAGAAAGGCUGGAAGCUCAUCCAGACAGACACACCAGAUCUAGUCAUUGAGGGCGCUCCGAAGAAGAACAAGGGAAAGUCAACCAAUGAGUCAAUCACUCUGUUGGAAGCUGGUCUUGAAAAUGGACACUCAAUCGCCUUCCGCUUCCGUAAGCCCGGCGAGGGUGAGGAUCCAGGCUGGGAUGUCAUCAUGCCGAGCUACGAGGACGAGUAG